GGUCCCUGAUCUUCACUGAACCUAGCUUCCUUUGCUCAUAGCAGAUUCAGACAUACUUUGGUUUUGGUGCUGGGGGCGGAACCCGGAGCCUCACACAUGACAAGCACGUGCCGUGCUGAGCUGCACCCCAGCCCCUCAGUCUUGCUUUCAUGUGGGUAAGAGCCCACAUUUUAAGCUCUUUAUCCAAGCCUCAUUUCAUAUUCUGUGAAAUCACUUGGCUUUGUUCUGAUGGCUUCCUGCUUGCUGCGGGCACAAUUAUAAGGAAGCAGAGCUUCCUCCGAGCCAGUGUGCACGUGUUCUAAAAUAAGAGCACAUCCACUGUAGACACAGGAAAAGUCCCGAGUCUUCAAUUAAGGGGCUAAAUCCAACCCCACAAAUGUUUCUGUGAGAGCUGAUUGCCCCGGCUUGUGCGUCACUGCACGAGUGUGGAGAGGUGUGCAAGAUUUUAGUGGACGUGUGCAGACUCCAAAGCAUCUGGCACUGUAGCUUAAAAUACGAAAGGGACCCUCCUCCACAAACCAGACUUCAGGGCCACCAAAGAGGAUGGGUGGCCGCAGUGGCAGAGGCAAGUGGCCAUCAGCGUUCGCUCUGCUGUUACUGCUGCUCUGGGGAACUGCAGCCACUGCCCUUCCCCUGGAGAGUGGGCCCAAUGGCCAGGCCAGUGUGCAGGACGAUGCAGAGGGAGGCCUCCUGACUCUGCUUGCCUGGUGGCGUGAGUGGGCAUCCCAAGCCAGCUCCAGCGCCCUCAUCGGAGGGGAUGCCCCUGAGGUGUCUAAGCGGCCAGAAAGCCCGCCCCUCCAGCAGCCCCCACGCCGGGAUAAAAAGCCUUGUAAGAACUUCUUCUGGAAAACCUUCUCCUGCAAGUAACCCACCCUGCAAAAUGCAGCCAUGGCCUCAAUAAAAAGUGUGAA